UUCUCCCUCAGAAAAUCCUGUACCUGUACGUCCUCCCUGACUUGCUGAGCGAGUGCAAAUGCCCGGACGCCAUCAUCUUUGCCUUACCCACCCUCAUCACCAUCAUCGACUACGCCACACGCGCUGACUACAUGGAGAUCAUCAUGCCCGAGUUCCGCGCUAUUCUCGGCAACACCAAGCCAGUACAGGCCACUGUGUAUAUACUGAACAAACUUGACAUUGUCUUGUCCAAGUCUCCACUGGACGAGAUCAAAGGAGAAGUUUUGCCCUUUGUGUUCAACACGCUGGACUCUUCCUCCCUACAGGCUCAGGAAGCGGCUCUUGGGGCCAUCGGUGUGAUCAAAGAGUAUUUGGACGAUAACAUUUUGCGGAAGGUUGUGUUACCCAAGGCCAAGUCUCUCUUCUUCCGCUCCAGCAAUGUCAAGGUAGGUGAACGAAGGGUAGAUGUCUACAUGAGCUCUCUAUUCACAUCUCUACUGAUUUUUGGGAACCAAAGAAGUUAUAUUUAGUACUAGAGGUUGUGGCAUUGAUGUCCCCCACGCAAACGAACGCGGCUGUGUGUGCCCACCCUGGGACGCUGUACCUCAGCUGCAAGACAUGUGCAGUUCAACAGACGAGUGAGUACUUUCCGAGACUCACGUGGAGGCGUCUCGGCGGUC